GCGAGGGCGAGGUGAGUGAGUCCCGGCCGAGCGCUGCUGCAGGACGCGCCCUGAUCCGCUGGACAUGAUCCUGUUGAGAACUCCAUAGAGGGAAAUUUAGGAUCGUUGGAAGCUCGGAGUCUCAGGAUGAUGCGCUUCCUGUUGCUCUUUAGUCGUCAAGGGAAACUACGGUUACAGAAAUGGUUCACGCCUCUCAGCGAUCGUGACAAGAAGAAGAUCAUUAGGGACGUCACACACAUAGUGCUGGCGCGACCUCCAAAAGCCUGCAACUUCCUGCAAUGGAGAGACUUAAAGGUUGUCUACAGAAGGUAUGCAAGUCUGUAUUUCUGUUGUGGUUUGGAGCAGGAGGAUAACGAGCUGCUCACACUGGAACUUCUGCACAGAUACGUCGAACUUCUGGAUCAGUACUUUGGCAAUGUGUGUGAAUUAGACAUCAUUUUUAACUUUGAGAAGGCUUACUUUAUUCUGGAUGAGUUUGUGAUUGGUGGAGAGGUGCAGGAAUCAUCCAAAGCAUCUGUGGCCAAAUCGAUGGAAGAGGCAGACUCACUUCAGGAGACUAUGGAGGAGUAUUUAAACAAACCCACAUACUGAAGAAACGUUUGAGAAAGUCACUUUCAUAACCACAAAAUCAACAAUAGGAUAUUCCUGUUUCAUAUGCUGAAUGUUAAUAAUCAAAUAUUCUUAUAAGCUAUUACAAUAAAACAGCAAAAUAUCAGUGAAUGUAUCAGGUUUUACUACUUUUGACCAUUAUUAAUCAUAGAAGUGUAUUAAUUGAGCAGUAGAACUGCUGUGCAAUCAUGUAGAGGUCUGGUAUUUUACUACGUUGUGACAUUUGUUUUUAUUCAA